GCCAUUUGUCCCAGAGGAAAGAGUGGAAAUACAAGUUAUAUCGAUACCUGUUAUGAAUUUUACAGUUUAACUUGAUAUAUUUGUGUCACAUUUCCGCUGAAAAUGAUUCAGUAUGUAUGUUCCAAUUAUACCAUGUUUUACUGAAAGAUAACUGGACAAUGAAAACAGGAAAUGGCUGAGGCUAAUGAGUUGUAUGUAUGCAGUGUGUCAGAUCUUGGUACCCGAAACAGAAAGAGGAUCACAGUGGCCGCCAGAGACAUUUUUAUUGUGAAAGCCGGGGAUCAGUUUUAUGCUCUUGAUUCAUUCUGUUACCAUGCAGGUGGACCUUUGUACAAUGGUGAUAUUGAGGAUUUGGGUGGUAGAACAUGCAUGGUAUGUCCAUGGCACAAGUACAAAGUUUGUUUAAACACAGGACAAAAUUAUUACCAAUCUGUUGAUCCACACAACCUGGAUAAACCUCCAAAAUGGACUGCUGGUGAAGUAAGACAGAGAACACACACAGUUACCGUCAGAGAUGGAAAUAUCUAUGUGACACUUUCAUCAUGUGAUGGCACUCUUGACUCUGAUCACUAUAAUAAACAUAAAGAAAAAUGAAGAAUAACCAAAAUUGUGAUAGUGGAUAUGAAAUGAAUGUAAAUUUAGAAGACAAAAAUGUUGAAAUAUUUGCACUGGUUAUUCGAUAAAUUCAUUUAUAAUAGCACUUACAUUGUUUAUACAGUAUUAGAUUAGAUCAUCUAUGGACAUAUGGAUGCAAUAAAUGUUUCUCUGGAUGCAAUUUAAUUGUCCGCUAAGACUCUUUGAGAUUGAGUUGACUGUCCAUUAAGACACUAUGACAUUAUGGUUAUUGUGUUAACUGAAGCUUGUUUACUUCGUCCUGAACUGUACUUAAUCAUCUGCAGUCACAUUUUCUUCUUUCACCACAUUAGCAGACUUUAUUAUAUGUAUUUAGUAUAAUGAAUUGAUUAGUGAUUAAACAAGAUACUGAAUUAUUUACUGACAAUUUUUGGUGACAUUGGAACAGAAUUACUGGAGUAUUUUUUUUUUAUCCCCUGCUGAAGGUUGAGGGAUAUAGUUUCGGCAUUGUCUGUCCAGCUGUUUGUCAGUCCAAGUUUGCUUCCCUUUGUCCAUAGACAUCUGUAUGUCACUACAGGGUGUGCUGUGUGUACAAUUUUGUUCAGUAUCAUUGCAGUAACUUCAGAGUUAUUGCCCUUUAAUUGUUAUAUCUUUCAAGAUACAGUCCCCUCAUUCACAAAAUAACCUAUUCUGCGGGGGAUAUAGAUUCACAGAAUUCGUGUGUUCAAACCCAUCCUUUGUAAACCAAUUUUUUAGACAAAAUUUUAACCAGUUUUACGAGUAGCAUUCUUUUCAUGCAUAAACACGAUGAAAAGAGUGGAUGAAUGAGUGAAUGCAUAUAGAAGUCUUUCUUAAUAAGUUGUAGCCUUAUAUCUCUGUACACAAUUCUUCGUUAUGGAAACAAAUGUUUUUGUUUAUUUUUGAUAAGUUUUAAAUACCAUUUUUCCUAUUCAGUAUUUACAGAGAAUAUAGUAUGUUGGCCACAUUUCAUAAAUAUGUAUUAUGAUUCCCACAGGAAAUGUUUGUACCCCUGAAAAGUCACUUCUUGGAAUAAGUGGUCACAAGUCUUAAGCAGUCAAUUUGGCAAUUUUUCUUGAUAGGUUGCUUAACGCAAGUUUUAAUAUAUAUGAUUAAUAAUGAAUUUGUUGAAUUGAAUGAAAUAUACAACCGAACUCACUUUAUACAAACUCAUCAGGACCUGGGAAAUAUAUUCGUAUAAAACGAAAUUUGUAUUAAUGCUUGUAUGACUAACAGGAUAAUUUGUCCGAGCAAAUUGGGCAGUUAAGAAUAGCUUCCGAUAUAUGGAAGUACAGUAGUGAAUAUAUGUAUUUUUAAACUGAUUAAGUUAAUUUAUUCAAAUUGCAAUGAAAUUACUCAACAAAAGUCAUACUUAAACACCUAAAACUGUAUGAAAAUUAAUUCUAAAUGUUCAAAUGUCUUGAAAUUUUGCCAGACUUAGGCAUAGCCAUUUUUGUUACAUGAACUUAGGGACAUAAAUAGAUAUCUAUUUAUGUCCCAAAUGAACUACACUGCAUGGUCCUUAGACGUACAAUGAGAAUAUUUUUCAUGGACAGUUGUACAUAAAAAGUGAACUUCGCUCGAUUGACAUUAUUACGUGGACUCGAUUGUAAUAAGUAAGAUAACUGACUACAUAGAGUUAAUCUCAUUAUUAUGUAUUUAUCGAUUACAGGUGAUAAUCACAUCGAUUAAAUACCAGCACUGUACAGUUUCAAACUAUUAAAUGAUCAAGCGAAACAAGGGCAAAAUGGCCGCCGACUUCUAAAAUUAGUUCGUAUCAAAAGAUGGAAAAUUAUUACAUUUAAUCUAAUUGGGACUUCCAAAAUGUGUUUGUUUCUGCCGAGUAUUUGUAUAAAGCGAGUUCGCUAUUACCAAAAUAAUGUUACAAAGGAAAUAGAACGACUCGGUCGGGGAAUCUGAAUUUUGUUCAUUAUAUCCGAAAGUUUGUAUCAAGCGAGUUCGUAUUAAGUGGACUUGACUGUAUUUGCUUUAUUAGUGCUUUGUCUAUUCCCAGACUCUAAAGUCGAAUGUAAUAACUAUGGCCUUCAAGCUUUGCACAGUGAGUAACACUGGGCCUGUGGCUGCAUGGUCACAGGGACCCAAACUUGCUUUUUUAGUUUCUUGACUACUUAAAAGGAAUCUUAGCUACUGCCAUCUUGAAUGCAGUUGCCUUGGUCCGUGGCUGUAUCUCACCUAUGCUUGAACUCUUUUUGAAGUCAUUCCAAAAUCCAUAUCAGUCUAUGGUUUUGCUGAUGAUCAUAUAGCAAAUAAAAGCUUUCAUCCUACAUCUGUUUCCUUAGAAUCACAAGCGAUCGGAGAACUUGAAAGGUGUGCAGUUAUAAUCAAUGACUGGAUGAAUAGAAACAAACUGAAAAUGAACACUUCCAAAACUGAAUUUAUUAAAUUUGGUAGCAGACCUUAAUUGAACAAAAUGUUUUUUUUACAAAUUCCAUUAACAUUGCUGGUGAUGAUGUCAAAUGUGAAAGCACAAUUAAAUAUCUCGGUGCAUUUCUUGACGAAACCUUGAACUUUAAAGAUCAUGUAAAUCACGAAUGUCGUACAGCCAUGUUGAAUUACCUACGAAUUAAGAACAUACGAAAAUACUUAACAAAAGCAGCCACUGAAAUUUUCGUUUUGUCUCUAGUUAUUUCACAUCUGGAUUAUUACAAUGUCAUACUGUAUGGUGUAGCUAACUGUGAGGUGCGUAAGAUGCAAUGUAUUCAAAACAUGUGCGCAAAACUUGUCCUUAACAGGAGGAAAUUUGACAGAUCUAAACAAGCAUUGUAUCACUUACAUUGGUUGCCGGUGAAAGCAAGAAUUGAGUUCAAGAUACUUUCUUUCAUGUAUAGCUGUCACACUAGCAGAGCACCUCUGUAUUUAACAUAAUUGCUUACAGAGUAUAUUCCUAGUAGACAAGGUUUGAGAUUGUCUGAAAAUUCUGAAUGUCGUUAUGUUGUUCCAUACAACAAGUGCAAAACAUUCAAUGAUAGAAGUUUCUUUACUAUUGGUCCAAAACUUUGGAAUAAACUGCCAUUAGAACUACGCAAAAGUAAAUCUGGAUGCAUUAAAAAAAAAUCUUAAGACUGUAUUUCAGAGAUUUGGCGGCAUUGUUUUAAAUUUUUUGAUAACUGUUUAUUAUGCGAAAACAGCAGGUGAUACCGGUACCAUUUACCGGGGGUGGGGUUGAACCUCUAUAUGCAGCUCAUCUGGGCGUACCAUGUGAUGCUUUAAGCACUGGUAUUCACAGUAGGGGUAAAAUGACCUCAAGGGGAGUGGUGCGGUCAUGACUGUUUGUUACAAUAAGGCUGUUACUAUUAUUAUUGUCAUUAUUAAUAUUGUUAUAAUAAUAAUUAUUAUUAUUAUGUACAAUGCCAUUAAAUAUGUCAUUGUAUAAAAAUAGGCAUUUAAUCAAAUUUUUCAGUUUCAGUUUCAGUCACGUAGAUCAAGGUCACACUUGUAGGUAAAAGAGCAGAACUACAAAAGUACAGAUGUUUCUGAGAAAUUUGAAAUAUAUAUUGGGUAUUAUUAACUCUCAACUUUUUCAAAUUAUCUCUGUUUUUAUACUUAAUAUUUUCUUGAUAAUGUCUUUACAACUGCUGGAGAAAUUUUAAUGAUGGAUGGCAAUACCGAUAAGAGGGGGUGCAAAAUGUUAGUAAUCUUUUCUUAAGUAAGUGCAGUAAGAAUUCUCAUUGGUACAUGCAGUUUUAAAAGUAUUCCUGUCACAAAGUGCAUAAGGUCACUUGACAAAAGCCUGUGAGGGAGUACCCACUAGUUCCACAAUUAACUUUGUUUACAUGAUGUACUGCACAAGAGAAUUAGACAACAAUUAUACAUUUAAAAUUGUUUUGAUUUAGCAGUAUCCUUUGUAUACUAGUUUUUCAAGUGUCUUCCUAGUCUGUUAAAAAAUAGUUUGCAUAGUAAAAUUUGUGGGAAUA